AUUAUUUCCGCUUGCUGCAAGGUCUUGUGUCGCAGAUUCGACAGAAAUUUUGGCAUUUGUAAAGUAAAAUUUGACUUUAAAUCUUGAUUCCGUGGUUAUAUUUGUCUAUAUGGUAACUCAAACUCAUAGAUAAGUUUGUUUAUUUCGUUUCUUUAAACGUGGGGGGAAAUGGAUGCAGAAAAUACAGCUGGUUCUGUGUUCAUGUGUCGUAUGUGCAACCUCUUCUCUCCGAGUCGCUCACAGCUGCUGGCUCAUUGCUCUCAGCUGCACCCGCAGCACGAGCCUCCAAAUGACAUCAUCAUUGCACUGCAGCCCCUUGUAGCAAAUCCUGUGGAGAAGCUGGCAGAGGGCCCAGUUAAACGAAAACGUGGACGACCAAAAGGCUCUACAAAGAAGAGGCAUAUGGAUUUGACAGAAAGCGCGACCACUGCCACUCACUCUCCAGAAGAUCAAUUUAAAAGCAAAGAAAUAAAGCAUAAGGAAGGAGACCAACAGUGCAGCUCAGUUCAAGAUGAAAAUCAAGAUGGGAUUUUCGAGUUAGAAUGCAGAAACUGCCAUCGCUCCUUUUGCAACAGACGACAGAUCCUGAAGCACAUUUGCCACAGAGAAGAGGAUGAAGAGGAGGAUGACAGGGAGAAUAGAAUUAUCUAUGGAAGAAAAGAGAGCGGGGGUUUAGAAAAUUUGGAAUCAAAACAAAAUUCAGCAGGACCAGGACUCAGAAAAGAAAAAUAUGUGAGCAACUUUAGACCAUCAAGAACCAACCGAAGUCAUGUCUCCAAUAAAGGAGGCCUAACAGCAGGACCCAAGAAACCUGUCAUCAGUGUAGUUCUGAAAGAAGAUGAAACACUUCCUGCAGGCGUUUCCAAAAUGAUUCCCAUAGAAGACAGUUCAGCAGAAACAGCGUCUGCAGCUCAGCCUCAGCGAGCUGGUAGUGAAGCCACUCCCUGUGAAAAUGACCCUACAACAGACCAGGAGCAAAGCUCCAGCUUGUCCUCUACAACAACAGCUGCCGCCAGCAAAGGCUUCCAGGAAUAUUCUAUCAAACAAGACUCCACUAAUUUACUUCAGGGUCAGUUGAAGAUCUUUGCCUGUGAGUUCUGUAAUAAGAUCUUUAAGUUCAGACACUCACUGGUUGCACAUCUCAGGACACACACCCAGGAAAAACCAUUUCAGUGCCCGCACUGUGACUAUGCAUCAGCCAUCAAAGCCAACCUGAAUGUUCACCUGAGGAAGCACACAGGAGAGAAGUUCAGCUGUCAGCACUGCCCUUUCAGCUGCCUCAGCCCAGGACACCUCAAGGUCCACAUAGAGCGAGUCCAUCUGAAGAUGAAGCAGCACUGCAGCUUCUGUGACAAAAAGUACUCUGACGUGAAGAACUUGCUGAAACACAUAGAGAAGCAGCAUAACCUCAAAGACCCUAAAGUUUACCAGAACUACCAGCAGCUGAGCUUGAAGACUCGUCAGGGCCUCAGACAACUCCUGUACUGCUGUCCCACUUGUAAUCGAUGCUUCAAAAACCAGCUGGAGCGUGAGCGCCACAUGUUGAUCCAUGGGCCUCAGCGCCCCUUCGCCUGCCGGCUCUGUGACCAUGCUGCAACUCAGAUGGCUGCUCUUGCUGCCCACGUCAGGAAGCACCUCUUCAUCUACAUUUGCUGUACAUGCAAUGAGAAGUUGGUCAGCUCACAGAGACUGAAGAGUCACCUGGAAGAGACUCACCCUGAGCUGAACCAAGAGCAGGCCUUCACCGAUUCCAUCAACAUCAGUUUCUAUCUGACUCCACCUGAGGGAGGUAGAGGAAGGGAGGAGGUGGAGGACACAGAAAGAGGAGCGAUGGAAAAGCAAGACAGGAUGACUGAGGAGGAUGGAAGAAGUUGUACUGGAGAAGAACAGUGGCAAAAUGGGGCUGAAAAGCAGCUGAGGGAAGAGAGGGCACAAGAAAAGGAAAAGUUGGAGGAAGAACAAGUUAAAUCUCAGGACAGAAUUGUAGAAGACGUGCAGGUGAUAGCAAAGGAGGGUGGAAAAGAAAUCGAUUUAAAAGAUGGAGGAGGAGCUGAGGAGGAGUUAAACAAUACUACAGCAUGCACCUCUGCAGCUGGAAGGCUUGAAGAGAGCACACACACCUCAAUAUCACCAAAGAGCAGUGACUCACUCAUGAAAGACAAAACUCAAGACAACACACACAUGCCAGAUGUGAACACAUCAUCAGCACAAAACACACACACAUCUUUAUUAUCAGGAAACACACACUUGUCUGACUUGAGCACAAACACGCUUUCCUCAUCAGAUGAUGGAGUAGAUGGUAGGAAAACUCCACUUUCAGAAAAGGUAUCUGAGGUUGUCCAUCAGAGUGCGUUCCAGCAGGUGUUUAAAUCGCUUCAGAAAACUCAGCUCGAUAUGGAGACUUUCUACAGACUCAGAAAAAUUUAUGGAGACCUGGAAUGUCAAUACUGUGGUAAACUGUUCUGGUACAAGGUCCAUUUUAAUGUCCAUGUACGCACACACACCAAGGAGCAUUUGCAUUACUGUUCAAAGUGUAGCUAUUCUUCUAUCACCAAAAGCUCUUUGAAGCGGCAUCAGAUCCAGAAGCACAGCGGCUUGCUGCUGCCUUGUUCCAGCCCCGGCUGUAAAUACACCACACCUGACAAGUACAAACUUCAAACUCAUGUGAGGAUGCAACACGAAAAGGGAAGCAGUGUGGCCUGUCCUGUCUGCCAUCACAGUUAUCCAGAGCACAGACUAAACCAUCACAUGAAAUCAUCCCACCCAGACAAAUUGCCUGUGAGAGGUAAGGGACUGAUGGUGCAGCGUGCUGAGAAAUGCCCUUACUGUGACUCCUACUUCCUAAAGAACAGCAGUGACUUUCAGCAGCACAUCUGGGCGCAUCAAGGUUUGAAGCCGUACCGCUGCAGUAUGUGUGACUACACAGGUCGCAGUCGGAGUAACUUGAAGACUCACAUGAACCGACACAAUGUAGAGAGACAUCACCUGUGUGAUCUGUGUGGUAAAAAGUUCAAAUCUAAACUCACGUUGAAAAGCCACAGACUGAGCCACAUGGGUGAAGGGAAGCGUUUUCAGUGUUCAGAGUGCGACUUCUCUUCUGUCUUUAAACCUUACUUACUCAGACACAUGGAGCAACACGCUAAAUUUAAGCCAUUUCGCUGUGCUCACUGCCACUACUCCUGUAACAUUGCUGGUGCUCUGAAGCGCCACUACAACAUGAAGCACCCAGAUCAGAUGUAUGAGAAUGCCGGACCUGGAUUGCCUAACUCUGACACUCUGAAACAGCAAGGUGGUAUGAAAUGUCCUGAGUGUGAGUUUGUUUAUGGAACAAAGUGGGAGCUAAAUCGUCACUUGAAGAGCAAACACAGUCUGAAAGUGGUAGAAGGCACGUUGGAGGUGGCUGAGGAAGUCGAGGCACCGUAUAUGUCUGUAGAAGAUGAAGAGCAUCUGGCAGAAGCUUCUUUGGCAGUCCUGGAGGACAACGUCAAUAUCCAGCAGAUAACUGAAUUUAGCUCAGAGACUCAGGACGCUGUCACCUCCAUGGUUGCCAUGGCUCCAGGCACUGUGACUGUAGUACAGCAGUUACAGGUGGCUGAAGAGCAAGAAGUCGGUGACUGCAGUGACCAGCUGAUGGUGGUGAACUCAGAAGGAGGUCUGGAAGGUGACCAGGUGAUGGUGGUGGAAGAGGCACAUGGUCUGGAGGCGCUGACAGUCUUGACUCAGGGGGAAGACAUGCACCACUACAUUGUUUAUGUGCAGGAACAAACUGUUGAGAUUAAUUAGCUAUAUAAGCACUUCAACAUCAUGUUACAAUAAUUAAUACAAUCAUAAUUUAAUGAAUGUUUAUUUUAUCAAGAUCAAGAUUUUUCUCCAUGAGAAUAAGUUUUGAAUCACAUGGGAAUUAUGUAAACAUGAAGAGCAAUGCAUGUAAGUCUGUGGAAAAUUUUAUAAUAACUAUAUUUAAAUAAAUUUCAAGUACUACACUGUUUAA